GUUUUCCUUUACCAAUAGAAAAUGAGACACAAGAGACUCUGUAGAUGAAGAAAUUAUAGCCUCCUCGCAAAUGAGAGACAUUCAAGGAUAUACAGCUUCCCACAGAAGGGAAAUAACCACCAGCUUCUCUACGGCAUAGACUGCAAGCAGAGAAAUAUGAACUUCACGAACUGCACCACAGAGGCCAGCGUGCUUGCCAGGCCCAAGACCGUGACUGAAAAGAUGCUCGUUUGCAUGACCCUGGUGGUAAUCACCGUGCUCACCAUGCUGCUGAACUCUGCUGUCAUCGUGGCCAUCUGCACCACCAAGAAGCUCCACCAGCCUGCCAACUACCUGAUCUGCUCUCUGGCAGUGACCGACCUCCUGGUGGCAGUACUCGUCAUGCCUCUGAGCAUCCUGUACAUUGUCAUGGACAGCUGGGGGCUUGGGUACUUCAUCUGUGAGGUGUGGCUGAGUGUGGAUAUGACCUGCUGCACCUGCUCCAUCCUCCACCUCUGCGUGAUCGCGCUGGACAGGUACUGGGCCAUCACUAAUGCUGUGGAGUAUGCCAGGAAGAGGACGGCCAAGAGGGCUGGUCUGAUGGUCCUCACUGUCUGGACGAUCUCCGUCUUCAUUUCCAUGCCUCCUCUCUUCUGGAGAAGCCACCGCCAACUCAGCCCACCCCCCAGCCAGUGCACCAUCCAGCAUGACCAUGUCAUCUACACCAUUUACUCCACACUCGGGGCAUUUUACAUUCCUUUGACUUUGAUUCUGAUCCUCUAUUAUCGGAUUUACCACGCAGCCAAGAGUCUUUACCAGAAAAGGGGAUCGAGCCGCCAUUUAAGCAACAGAAGCACAGACAGUCAGAAUUCAUUCGCAAGCUGUAAACUGACGCAGACUUUCUGUGUGUCUGACUUCUCCACCUCAGAUCCUACCACAGAGUUUGAAAAGAUGCACUCUUCCAUCCGGAUCCCUCCGUUUGACAAUGACCUCGAUCACCCUGGCGAACGCCAGCAAAUCUCCAGCACCAGGGAACGCAAGGCGGCGCGCAUCCUUGGACUGAUUUUGGGUGCAUUCAUUUUGUCUUGGCUUCCGUUUUUUAUCAAAGAGUUAAUUGUGGGUUUGAGCGUUUACACUGUGUCCUCUGAAGUGGGUGAUUUUUUGACAUGGCUUGGUUAUGUCAAUUCUCUGAUCAACCCACUGCUGUACACAAGUUUUAAUGAGGACUUUAAGCUGGCCUUUAAGAGGCUCAUUAGAUGCCGAGAGCAUACUUAGUUUGUAAAAAGCCAAAAGGCACGACUUUCACCCGAGCCUCUGCAGUACAUGGGGCCAAGGGUGCCACGUAUUCACUCUUGAGCAUACGUGCUUCUGCAGAGUUUGUAAGUGUGUGAGGUCUAUUUAUUUCUU